AUGGCAGCACUUCCUGGUUGUCCUUUCUGUCCUCGCGACGGUUUUCAGUCGGAUUUAAAACCCUUUUUCUUUGGUGAUUUCAAUGCACACGUUCGUGUUGCGCACAGCAAGGUCAAAGAAUUGUCCUGUCCAUAUUGCCUGGGAAAAACGUCCCGUCGCCUUCAGGAGCUUGUCUCGCACAUCGUUCUUGAGCAUCGUGUUCAUUGGCGCCCGACUCCAGGUAAUGGGACUCCCUAACACUUCAUGCCUUCCAUCUUACUGACCAUGAAAAGCACUUAUGUUUUAAUAGUUUCAAAUAAAUUUUGACUCAUACACAUAAUCCGUGUCUGUGCACUGUACGUAGUCUCCCACUCUGGAGUGCCGUUUUCGAUGUGUAUCGCUUCCUUAGCAUCAGCGUAACUGGCCUCGACUGUCACUUCACCCACUUUUCAAAACUGACCAUGUAAUAAAAGAAGAACAGCUGCAUGCACGUAGACUAAUCGAAUAUUCAGGAACUUACCGGGUCGCAACAGCUCGUCCACUUUGUGAGAAGAGUUGCAUUGUCAGCCUCUUAUAGAAGCGUUAACUAGUCAGAAACUACGAAAUUCAGUAUUGCCUUUUUUAGUGAAGUACUGCAACUUGACUAUCGGAAUGCUUACAUUUGUUCCUCAUCCUGCUCGCGCAUCGUAUGUGUGCAAUAGCCCACUACGAAUAUUCCGAUUCUUGUGAACUUUAAUUACUUGCCCCAUCCCAGCGUUAUUGUUUCUGAAGACUAUAAAAGGCUCGAAACUGUCUCGGACUGCCUUCUCCCACCCCCCCCCACACCGGUGUAAGGGAGGUAAAACUGAUGGAUUAGGCAGGGACGCCGUGAGUCCUGUGACAAAGGCACUGUCACCCGGAAAAGAAGUCAGGGGUUGCUCUGAAGUUUAGGAAUCCUGCUAAAACUACUGAGCACAUUUUGGUGACAUUCCGAGCUUUCAGAAAUCAUCCUACACACCGGGUGAAUAUUUUGUCAGAUGACACCUAGGCGGAGGCCUUGGCCUUAUUUUACAUCAGUUGACGACCUUCCGUAACUUCCUACCAACUCAUUUUUCCCACCUAUAUGACCUGUUUUCCCUGUUACCAACUGGAAAUGACAGUCUGGGCUGAGGCUUCAGUCGUCCUAUCACAGUCUCGUAAACCGAGAAUGAAGCUGAUUCCCUUGUAAACACCCAUAGCGUACAGGUAAUUUCAAACCUACUUAAAUCCCUCUCGUUUCCUUCUCUCUUUGACGUGCGAUGUGCUCACCCUGAUCUCUUUCGUCAUCUCACCUGAGCGACCCUCCACCGUCGGGACUCCUAGUGUUUAUCCCUUUAAACAGGUUGAAGCAACCCCUUAAUAGCCAAAUCUCAGCUUCUGAUAGGUUUAACAUAGUGGCAAGGGUUCUUCAGUGCGUCGGUAAUUUGUCUUGCUUAGUUUUCCGUGCUCUGGUAUCCUUUGGUAGUUUGGGCAUUCCUUAAUUUACUUUUCGACACUUCAGAGAUUGAGGUAACCGUGCUUAUUACGAUGGUGCUAGUGUCGUUGCAGUCUUACCGCUUUGAACUUUCUGCCUUCGUGCUCAGCUUCCCUGGUCUACCUGCGGACCGAUGACGUGGUGCAUCGUGUCGUCACCUGCCUGGGUUGCGGCUGGUGCACCUUUGUCUUGCGCGCCAGCGACGCAGUCCAACCACCCACCUCUCUGAGUUCGCACCUGAGCCGCUGCGCCAGUCACGGCGGUCAGAUCCAUCUGGUGCGCCUGUCCCCUGGCAGUGACGGUGAUAAGCCCUCCCGCCAGACCGUGGCCCGUCUAACCGAAGCUGCCUGCGCGGUGAGUGAGACCUUUGGCCAGCGCUUCCCCGGUGUACGUGGCUUCACAGAUCUGACAACCAAACGGCCGCCCCCACUGGCUCUAAAGUACGAGUCACCCCUGCGCAACAAACAUGUCGUCCCCGAGGUGCGAGUCAAUGAGGGUAAGGUGAUUGAGAGCACUGCUGUCACCAAUGUCACUUCUGAGGAAGUGGAAUCUGCGCCGACCCAACCGCCUGUGGAGCCAUCUCUUGUAGUUCAAGAUAGUGAAGUAACAGAGAAGUCGGACCCCGUGAAUGAACAGGCAAGCCGGUUAAACUCUAAAUUUUGCAUUAUCUUCACUUGGGUAGAUCUUACCCUGAGGGACUCCAGCAGUGCCUGAUCGCAUUUCUGCGCAGAUACUAUGGAAGCUGCGUUUCGCAGCUCUAAAAUGGGAUUAAAGUAAUUUUAGUCUCCUAUACUAGUUUUUAUCAUCCUGACAAACCCUACAGCAAACUUACAGACACCUCCGAUGUUUGGAAACAAUUUACAUGGCGUUUUUUGAAACUGUCCAGUCGAGAGAAUAGAGACACCAAACUAAACAAAACAACUGUAGAAAACAAAUACAGUAUUGUUUUCGCACCGCCGGUCUCAUCAACAACGCGGUAGGUUUUCUGGAAACUGGUUUUUAAACGGCCUCAUACCAAUUUGGUCAAGGUCCUUUAUAAAUGGUGUCUGUCCUAUCAGGCCGCACUACAGUCGCACAGGGAAUGUAGUUAGAAUUACGUGGAACAAUGCCGUCCUUGUCGGGUUGACAUUUUGCGGCUUCCGUUGACCCCCUUUCAGGACAUGGUGAUGCUUUCAGGACGCCCCUCCUCAGUCAACGGUGCCCCGUCACCACAAACAUUUGAUUGAAGGCUGGUAUCGCCUGCUUAGCAGUGAUGUUACUAACACAUGCCUGGAUGCCUGCCGUUGUCCACGCAUACACCUGUGUCCGCAUAAUCACAUGCUUAAUUCCGAGUUCCCCGGAGGGCUGUUGGUAGAUUUCGUGAAGUCUAUACCACUGUUAAAUCACUGCUUGGAACGCGGAGGGCUUGGUGACUGCCAGAGCAAGUAAGACUACCCUACACUGAUCCCUGUCGUUCUUGGGUUUCAUUGGCUGCCCGGUUGAUUACACCAGGCAGAAUUUCCAACGACUAUUUCCAAUGGACCCAACCGUAAGAAUCUCACACUUGCUCUCUAGUUACUACCCUUUUAUCAUAGCCAUUUAAACAGCAUUGCGUUUAAGCACUGGCUUUACCAGGCCGGCAGCGAAGUGCUCCUCGGACAUGUAUGUCGCAGCCAGCCAUAUGCCUGUUCUAUUAGCUAAAUAGUUAAUCCGCAUGGCUCGCGUCCAGUAACUCGGUCGACCCUCGUUUCCCAGCCCUGUUUGGUGAAAACAGUGUUCUAGUAUCGGUCUCUGUGUUUUGCUCCUGUCGUUGUAAUCGAACCCGAAGCCUUAACUGAAGCUACUGUUUUGGUCUGAGACACUCAUUUUGAUGUUUUGACAUGUCCAUUUUCGUGUUAUAGCGUAAUCUGGCACUUCAUCUUUAAUUGGACUUGCAGACCGAGCUUGGAAAGGUAGCACGGUCAAUAUUCAACCAAGUUAAACGCCAUUUCGUUUAGCAUUCUCAAAAUUCCAUCCUUAGCCGUUCGAUAACUACCCUGAACACCGGAUUACUGACCUUAUCCUCUUGUUUUUCCUAUCUCAGUGGCAAUGCGUCUUUUAGAUAGUCUUUUCCGCCCGAAAAACGUCACCCUUGGUCGGUUGUUUGCGUUUUCCUCUCUACCUUCCACCAACUUCGAAUGAAGUUCGAAUUCCCAGGUCAUAGUUGCAUGACGCGUUUCCACUGAGGUGUGGGAAAACAGUUCCAGUGGGAUAAGGGGAGAAGAGAGGGAGUUUGCAGCAAGCAAUGUGUUUACGCAGUGCUUCCUGUAUCGUGCCCACGCGCUUCCUUUUCAAGGAGCAACCGCCCUGGCUGGCAUGACACUGUUUCACCUCUUGUGCAUUCGUCUACCUACAGGCCUCCUCAGCUGGCAAAUCGACGACUAAGAAGGAACCAGCGCCUCCACCCCCGAGCAGCUUUGCACCAAAGGGCAUCUUCGAUGUGCCCCUUGAUCUGCCACCGCCCCCGCCAGCGCAGAUGAUGCGUCCUGCGAAGAAGGUCGCCUCGCGUGUCUACGUCUGCCCCAUCUGUGGCGACAAUGCCCUCUCCAGCCUGCGCGAGCGAGACGAGCAUCUGCAGGCCGAGCAUCACGGCGAGCUGGUCUUUCCCUGUCAGGUGCGAACACAUGCCUUCAAUGCUUCCCUCAGACUCACCCACUCUUUCCCACUAGUCAUAGUUAUCAUGUUAGUCGAAAGUGUCUUAACGCUUAACCAGGUGGCCUCUCCCCCUCUCUCUCUCUCUCUCUCUCCUCUCUCUGGUGGGUAGCUGGGUGGACUACCCGGGUUAGGAAAAAGGGACUGGGCUGCCGGUCGUUAAAUGUGGACAAUAAGUUGGUGAGAAUUAGCAUUAAUAGAAGCAGCAUGUAAGUAGGUCGCCUUUUUCCGCUUGAGCUCGUUGCUCUUUACUAACCCAACAUGCAGUGCGUCUCGAGUACAUUUUCAGGACUUUUAAGCCACAUCUGCGUUGAAACUUCUUCUCUGUUAAAAAGGACGAUGCAAGUGGUUAGGAGCCCAGUACUGUCGUCACCACGUCAACGAUUGACGGAUCAAGGCUAGGAAUGUUAAGACAGUAGCCCUUCUAUUGACCUGCUGCUCAUCGGUCGAAUCCCAUAUUGUUGACCAUGUGCGCCGGGAACUGGGAAGUGCAUGUUCCUGGUCCGCGUGUGACAAACGUCAGACGGCGAUCCCACGGUCUCCAGUCAGCCUGGUCUGGGUAGAACAUUGGCACAAUUGGGAAGGGGAAGGCAGAGAGAGAGAGAGAGAGAUUGCGGUCAUUUGACCUCAAUAUCCUCACUGUGAAUAAUGAGACGCGCUUCCCGACUACCACAAUGGGGUAAAAGCCGUGACCUGGAUGGUUGCCUGCUGCCUGGUCAUCUCGAUCACCCCCCAAACCGGGGGGGGGGCGCUAUUCUUCAGUGGCUCCUUAGCGUGCUUCUUAUGGCACCCUCAACUGCAUGACUUUUGCAAGCCUUUCUCAUGAUGCUUGCCUAGUGUGUCUUUGGAGACCAGGUCGUGUGUGCGUGUGUGGCACGCCUAGGCAGGCCACUUGACUUUUCAGCCCCUCUGUCCAUAGCGAUCUCAAGUUUUCUUGGCUUAGUCCCGUCCCACUGCAAACUUAUUUCACUCAAGUCAUCACUACACCCUCGGGAAGGUGACAGCCCCUCCGGCGACCAAACUAGUGGGAUUUAGGACUUCGCGGUUGCACCAACUGUCUAAAGGAAUGUGACGAUCACUUCGCUCUGACCUUGCGCGGCACUCGGCAGGCAGCUGUGGCUUCUUGAGGUUGCCCUGAACGCAGUGGCCACAUCCUGGUAGUCGCUCCUACCAGCAGUCAAGACCAAAGUAAGGUAACUGGCGUUUGUCUCCAACGCCGGCGAUUUCGUGUUAAGCCGCAUUAAUAUUGCACCUGGGAGCUGUAGGUCAGGCAAGCCACUGCAGCCAAGCCCUCUCCCGUCGUCCUGGCUUAGUCCCCACUACUGGAACUUAACGACAGUAAGCAAAGAAAGUGGAUUGGAUGCUGCAGUUUGCACCCGUGCUUUUACUUACACCAAUUGUCACCACUCUCUGGCGUAGUCGUGUGGCCAUGGUCAUAGUCGUUUUCGGUAAGCGAACUACCAAUACACUGGCAGAGGGGGGCGCUCACUGAUCGUUUCUGCGGGCCCUCUCUCUCCUGCUUUGUCGGUAAUACCAUUCUGUCUAUAUCAUGCGCCGCUGUGCGGCUGCUGGUUGGGCUCGAGAGAGAGCCCGUAAGGCACAACGGGACCAGCGAGUUCCGUAAAAACGAUCGGUAAGCGCCCCCCUCUGCCAUUGUAUAUUCUCGAUCGCAACCGAUAAGACAACGAACUCGUGGCUCAGGAGUUAGAGGCGUUAGACUUCUAACUAACAGGUCGCGGGGUCGAGCCCCAGGUGCUCCACACUUUGGGGUUGGGUAUGUCUGGCUGACGGCGGCUAAUCAGUCAGAAAUGGCCAUCCCAGUCUCUACUGUCUUUGUCGGUAACACCAUUCUAUCAGUACACCCUAUGUAGACCACAGGGCAGAGGGCGAUCCAUUAACGGUGAAACCAACCAAUAUUUAGAACCUGCCUUACGUGUCGUCAAAUGAAAAUCAGGUUCUGUCCGUUUGACUCAGGAUUCUGUGCGGAUGUCAAGUCUAACUAUAUGCUUCAAGGUAAAUAAAAACAGAAAGUCCCUGCAAGCAUUUUUUCCCCUUGUACUUGCAUUUUUGUCAUGGAUGAGUGUUGUCCACCUUCCUGGAAGUUGAUAUUGUAAUGGCCCUAUCGCAUCAAGGCGGAUUUCAAAAUUUGCACGAUCCCUUCUUACUCGCGCCACACACCUGUUUGGCCCCAAUAGUCAUAUCCUUGAUUUAUUUCUCAUUACUACAUAUCCCAGCCAACGCCAUUCAUGUCCCCGACUGCCCACGAUGUUUAAACGCACAUUUCUUGCUAUUGCAAACGUUUCAGUAGCAUUUAGUAGGUGUUUGGUAAAUUUUGAGUAAGUAACACUGACAGGAUACACUUGUCUCCUGCCCUUUCUGCUGUAGCUCUGUGGCAUGGCCUAUCCCCUGUACAUUGCACUGCGUCGCCACGCCGUUCUCAAACAUUCAUCCAACUUUGACGCUGUGCUCUAUGGCAAACCGGACGCUGAGCCCGUGGACUGUCCCUACUGCGAGCUGGUUGCCUUCACCAGACCCGAAGUUCUUCGUCUGCACCUGACCAAGAUUCAUCCGGAUCAGGUACAACAGCAGGCCGUCGUUGCGGCUGUCGCCUCCGCCCUUGGACCCGAGGAGGAUGACCUCAACGAUAAGGACUGGACGGGGAGCAGCAAAUCGACCGAACGCAAAACCAAAGGUAUGCAUUACAUCGACAUUUGUGCCCCGGAGGAGGAGGGAGGAGGGGCCCUGUCGCCAAACGGAGCCAGAGCCUCUUCUAGGUUUUUGGACAGUAUUCGGAAGUAGUCAUCACUCAUAAACACUGGUGGCAUCUUCGGGUGAGGUGGUUUCUUAUCUGUUCUGUCCAAGUCAUUGGAGGCAUCCACCCAGUCUGAAGAUGUAGACCUAUUGACUGUGGAAACAGAUUCCAAUCGAUAGGCAACCAGAUCGGUCCUGUGUUGGCUAAGGGUGUUUGAGGUGAUGUCGCGCAACUUUGCGUCACUCGAAUGGGCUGUUUCAAGGACCGAUUGCUGAGAGAUGGCUCGUUGCAUUCCACUUGGGGCCGGGGGUACAGAAGCCAAUGAUAACGUCUUUGGCAGUCAUCUAGUCGUAAUAGACCGGGGGCUUUAUAACGCAACGACGGUUGCUAGCAUCAAGGAUUUGUCCCUUGUAGCGCUUCAUUUUCUAACUCGAUGGAAACCGUCAUGACCUUCGUAUCCUGUUCUGAAUCUCCGUGGCCAUGACUCCGUCGCGGAUUCCUCCUAACAGCUUAGCACCUGAGACGGGUAUGAAUAAGCCAAUAAGUCUUCUCCCGCUCUCAACGGGCGGUCAUCUUCGCGUGCAAAUGCCCAAAUUCUUUUUUGAUUCCUAUCUUGGGAAGGCCUUGAAGGCGUUACCGUACGCUUUUAACUAAGGUUGUCCUGGAAUGCAAAAAGCGAACUUUGCAGUUGAACGGAGCUGUAUAUUUAUUACGUUUUACCUAAUUUCUUUUUGAUAGUUCUGGGGUAGACGAGGUUCGCAUCGUCCGCUGGAUCACUGGGGUCUCCCUGAGGUUGAUUUACAAACUGCAUAUUUGGCCUUCCACUUCUGCAAACCACUGUCUACUGUGUGUGUAUCAACACAAUCUGCCUGACCCAGCUAGAUCUAAUAAGCCUGGCUGUUAGCUCUUGCUUAUGAAAAUGACAACUAUCCGACGGCGCCGACCGCGUGUCCCGCGGAAUAGGCGCAGUAUCGCCGACUUUCACGUUAAUUAGUCUAUAGUGAAGUAGACCUGUGCAACACCUACGUCGUUCUCUUCCCUCAAUCACCUCGCUCCAAUAAUAAGGCAGGUGGGCGCGGACACAUUGGGCCGAUAAAGUUUAACAGUCCGUCUACGGUUAUCACACACAUACGACCUGGUUCACGCCACAUGUAUCAGGCUUUCGGGGGGUUGGUUAGGGUCUCACGCGCGUGAGAAUGUCAUCAACGUCACAGUGAGGAACCAUUGCUUCUCGGCUGUCAGUCCUGGGAGGCGCCGAGUUAUUCCGUCAGUUGGUGACCUUCGAAGCCACGACUCUUAGCGCGCCAGGCUUAUCGUAGUGGGGCGCGCGCUGGUUUGCUGCGAGAAUGAAUUCUACAGUGUCGGCCUCUCUCUCUCUCUGCCUGCCCGAGCGUGUUAUCAGCUGGUGACGAGGUUGGGAGUGGUGACUGAUGCCUAUAUCUGGCACGUGCCACCGCACCCGCGGACUCAGCGCAGCCCGAUAGACGCGUUUCGUGAGCCUGUCUGAUCCCCGUUUUCAUGCAACGCAGGCCGUUGUGGGAGGGGGCAAAUGACAAGUACUCACUGCAUGGGACAUAGGAUCUGGAUACCAGAAAUAUGGUGUUCGGCACAUCAAUCGGAAUUGCCCGAAACGAUCGCGCACUUUUGCCGCUGGUGUUGUGAUUACUGUUUCUUGGGAAUUAACGAAUUUCAUAAGUUAAAAAAAUACCUGUGUAGUUUGCCCUUCUUGGCUGCAUACUUAGGAUAUUAGUAAUAUCCCAAAGGUUUUUAGAACUGUUUGGGGAAAAUGCGUUCAAGUAAAAACAUCCCUUCCUGCAGUUCGUCAUAAAUGAAGAAAUUUGAGGGAAACUCCCAAAUCUUUUUUGCAUUUCCGGCCCCUUUCUCUAUAAUGGCCAGCUUUUUCUCAAAAAGUUAAUAAGCAGGCUUACCGUUGGCUCCGUCCACUCACGUUCUUUCUCGCGAGUCUUGCUUGUUACAAAUGAGCAGAACAGUCUGUCAAACACGUUCAAGCCCUCAGGGAUACGGAAAAUCGACAGCACUCUUGUGCGCGUCUUUCACGACCAAAAAUAUCCUCCUUAUCCCGCCUUUCCAAUGCUCUUGUCUUUUUAGGCUGAUGCCUUGGCUAAGACCCCUAAGCUAAGUUUCAGGUGGGUCAUUGUUGACGGGUGGUAGACAUAUUCAAUAGCCUAAGAGGAUACAAUGUAGACGCUUUUUCCCAGGAAUCCACGCUCAUUGUUUGUGUCCGUUAUUCUGUACUUUUCAGAACCCGCUUCGCGCCGUGGUAACCAUCACCACUCAGCAACAAAGUCUGGUGAGGCCUUCAAUGAAAUUGACCUUCUGGACGAUCCCGACCUCCUAGAGUCCGUGGAGUCUCCCUUCGGAUUUGGCGGUACCAGCCGUCGUGGCUCAGGAACCCGUCGCGGUGGUGGCGGCGCUAGAGGGCGCGGGCGUGGAGGCGCGGGGUCUCGGGGUGGUGCCAGGGCAGCCAAGGCAUCGGUCGUGGCGCCAAGCUUUCUCUCCCAACGGCCGCUUCUCGUGGGGCAGUCCCAGGCGUCUGGCACUAUCGAUGCUUCCGCAUCAUACACAGUACUCCAGCCAACCAAUCUUGCUGCUGGCGAUGAAAAGUCCGAGGUGGUCGGUACUGGCACAUUAGGGGGUCCCCUGCUGCUCACUGCGGUGGCCAUGGACCCCCUUGAAGCUGUCCUCCUGCACGCCUCGGGGGCAUUGGCGCCUGCCACUUGCCGACUUUGUGGUCCGCAGAACCCAGUCAUGUUAGACAAUGAGAAAGAACUUUGCAUUCAUCUAGAAUUGGUAAGCGUCUACCCUUAUCUUCCCUCUCCCAUUGCCCUCUGCUUUCUCCCCCUCCCUCAAAUUGCCUGCUCCUUCGCCUAAUCAUCAUCUUUGUUCCCGUUUCAUUCUACACUGUGUCAACCCUCCCUUCCCCCCACCUCUUGCUCCCUGUACCAAUUUACUACCGUGCACAUCUACGAAGUUGUUUACAAAGUGCGCCUGUUCAAACUAACGUUUUCUUGCGAUCUAAAGUGGUAGUCUUUCGAAGAGCUGCUCUUCUUCGACCAAACACAAGUUUUGUGUCCGGUACAGUGGGCGGCUGUGUACGUUGUGAACCAGGGGGUGUGGUGGCGCGCCUAGAUGCGGGUCCGUCCGCGCCAGCCACCUGCCCCCUCCCCUCCCGCCUCCGGUCUCCUCGACUCUCUCCUGACACCGAGUUCAGGUGGCUGAGGGAAGAGGGAGUGCGGUAGAUGCCGCGCAAGUCCAUUACCACUAUAAACUAGUUCACGUGCAAGCCACCGCGCUUGCUGUGCAGCACACGGUGGACAUCGUCGGAAUCAACAGUCAAACUGUCGGGCUGAGUAGGACAACCUGUUGUCAACCUAGCAAAAAGGUGCAGACUCUUGGGUACUGACCGCCAAGCAGAUCGUUAGUAUGGGCUGGUCUCGGCCCACUGGGACGUUGCCAGUGAACUGGGCGAGGGUGUCCCCUUUUGUUGCAUGCUUGACGAUAAGACCUCUGAAAUUAGCCUUUUUCGGCCCUCGUCUCGCAUUCCAAAGAUAAAACUAUGAGAUCUGUACUGUUUGCCACGUCUCGCCUUCUUUCGUCCUCAAAUGUAUACUUUCUAGGACUGAAGGCCCCGGCGUUGAUGCCGAUGACAGUCUCUUCGAUGUAGCAACCAGGAUGGUCCGGAUAGUUUUUUAUGCAUCUUUGUCUGACGAUUUGCAAUUCCCUCGGCUUUCCUAAGAACACUACUCAGGAACGAUCUUGUCACUUCAGGGUCCUCGGAAUAUCACAAAAUACGCACAAGUCAUUACUUCUGCCCCACAAAAGUUGGGGGCCUCGUCGUUGUUGACAGACGGACUAUCGGUCUCUGUCAACUUCGGUCAAUUCACUGGCUUUUUAGUCGCGUCCACUCCUUAAUCAUCGGCACGCUGUCCUUAAAAUUACUGAGUUAGGAAAUGUACAUGCUCGGUUUAGCUGGAGGAAGUAUAACUAAUGGUCACCUGCGUAAUCUUGCAGAUUUACAUAAUAAACUUGCACCAGAAAUAAAACCCGGCUCGCCUCGCAAUUUUCUGCUACGCACCAACCCCCGUAGUGAAUAUCGCUUACACGUGUGUGUUACAGUGCAUUUAGCUUUGCAUUGACCCCUCUUUCUGCUCCCCACCCCACAGGAUCACAAUUUAUCAUCGACGUGUGAGCAACUUGGUUGUCAGGCCUGCGGUCGCAUCUUCUUCGGUCCCAAUCAUCGGCAGGACCUGAUUGGUCACUUCCGAAUCUCGCACCAGGGUCAGGAGAUGGCCCUCAAGUGUCCCAAUCAUGAACCCGUCCACAUAACCACCUCAGAACAGGACGAGGAGAACGGUACGGCCGCUGGCGACGACUCCUCUGCUCUGAUGACGAUUACCGGCGGUGGCUGUCCGGCUAAGUUUACGUCAGCACGCUUGCGGGAGAGUCAUCUGGCCGCCGACCCGACGCUUCAACCGGGUUGGGCCUGUCCGCUUCAACUGGAGGCCGAACUGCUUCAGGCCAUGUCCAGUCCCGUGCAAAUGGCCGACGGUUUCGAUCCCAUCGUCCUGGCCACGGAGAUUGCCGCGGACGCAGCCGGACAGAUGAUCCUUGCUUACGGCUGUCCAAACUGCUCCCGUGUCUUUACUGGCGAGAACUGCACCGCUCGGUCAGUUUCUUUGUAGACGUGUCUUUAUAAUCUCUCCCCGGGUGGUGGUCAUUUUUAUUCUUAGCUGGCACACCCGCGUUGAAUGGCAGGAAAUUUCGGCCUUAGAGUAGAGACCGCUUAUCACAUCCUGGCUGUACCUCUUUCUGCGGUCAGCCCCGGUUUCUGCGAGUCCCCGUCCUCGUGGGAAAUGCGUUCACCGAUCAGGUUAUACCCAUCCAGUUGUUCCAUUGUGCUCAAUCAAGAGACCGCGCAGUUGGUCGCAUAGCGAGUACCGCAAAUACAUGAUGGACUGGGGUGGUAGUUUCUGCCUUAUUAACUGUCGUCAGUCAGACAUACCCAACCCCGAGUUUCCAGGACUUGGGAUUCGAGCCCUGAUCCUUUCUGUUUUGACCCUAAGGCGGGAACUCGAACCCAUACAAUUUACCGAGGUAGAUAUGCUCAAUCUGUUAUGCUACGAAGUACUUCCGGUCGCGGCACACGGAGCUUGAGGCUCCAAUACGGUCUGAAAUUGGGAUAUGACUAGCCGAUAAGAAGGAACAUACCAGAAAUGUUCAUUCAAGCCCGUCCUCCGCGCCGGAGCCUGAGCAGCCAUGUUGACUUUCUCUUCACUACCACCACCCUGGUUCCCGCUGACGCUUUGUUCCUCCCCUCCUCUCCCUUACGCAGAUACCUGACUCACCGGAGCCACUGUGACGCAAUGGCAGCAGCCGCGGCGGGAGUUGUAGAGGAGCAGCACUUUGCUGUUGUGACGACGACCGACGGCGGCGGCGGCGGUGUACAGGCGGUGGGUCCUGCUCCGCUAUCGACGAUUCCGGAGCCCAUGCAGCAGUAA